AUGUGUGUAUGUGUGUGGAGAGGUACGCCGCUCUCUCUACUCUAUAAGCUUUACCAGGUCAGUCAACAUCCUGAAGCGGGCCACUCUCCACUCCACCCCUCCUCUCACCUCUUUUGUGGACCAACGCAUGGACUCCGGAAGCUUGAAAAGAAGGCAGUGAGGAAAGUGACUUUUCAGAAGAGAGAUAAAUGGUGGGAGGGAAGUCUGUUGUUGGUUUCCUGGACGGAGCUGCAUGCGCUGGCUGCGUGUUGGAGUUACAACAAGAGGCAAUCCCCUUUUCCUGUGUGUGUUUUCUGUCUACCCUCACGAGGAACAGCGGGAGCAGGGACUGGGCUAAAGAAAACCUCUGGAUGCAACAGCAAAGAGGGGGACCAGCCAAAAGAGGAGAAGAGAAACUCAUAAAGCAGAGACAGGAGCAGCAGGAGUUGGACUAAGAAGACAGGAGGAAGACAGAGUCUUGAGGGAUACUUUAACAAGAGACGAAAAAAGAUACAAGAGAUAUAUAGAGAACCAAAGGGGAAAUUCACCUGACCCACUUCUCUGCUCUGCCAGGUGGAGCAACCUCUUUCUUCCCCCUCUCCUCCCUCCCUCCCCUUCUCCUCUCUUUCCCCUGACAUGGGCCGCCUGCUGGCCCUGACCCUUGCCUACCUGGCCUACCUGCUGGCCACGGCGAUUGGCUCAGAGCGCCAACAGCACCAAGUGCAGCACGGCCCGUGCAGCUACACCUUCAUCCUCCCUGAGGUGGAGCACUGCCAUCCCUUAAAGGACUUCCAGGUCACCAACACCCUCCAGAGGGACUCUCCACCUGAGGCAGACCCUGAUACAAGUCAAUCCAAGCCGGAUAAGGCCCAAAAGGAGAGGCCCACCUUGCAGGAGAGGAAGCUGGAGAAUCUGGAGAGUGCCAUGGAGAAUAACACCCUGUGGCUGCAGAAGCUGGAGAACUUCAUCCAGGAGAAUGUGCGCUCUGGCAUGGAGGAAAUGAAGAGAACUGCAGUACACACCCAGACAGCUGCCAUGCUGGAAAUGGGAACCAACCUCCUCAGCCAAUCAGCUGAGCAGACCCGCAAACUGACAGACGUGGAGACCCAGGUCUUGAACCAGACAAGCCGCCUGGAGAUCCAGCUGCUCGAGUACUCACUCUUCACUAACCGGCUGGAGAAACAUAUUCUCCUGCAGACUCAGGAGAUCUCACGCCUCAGUGAUAAAAACAGUUUUCUGGAACAGAGGCUCUUAGCGCUGGAGGCUCGGUACGGGAGGGAGCUGCAGGGCUUGCAGGGCGAAAAGCAGCAGCUUCAAGAGCUCCUGGAAAGGCAGAGUCGACUGGUCAGUCAGCUCCAGGGUGAGCUAGGCAGCUCCACGCUCAACAGCACCUUACUACAGAGACAGCAGGCUGUGCUCACAGACACUGUUCAGCAGCUGCUAGCUAUGGUCAAUCACUGUAAUGAGAUCUCCAAUAUGCCCAAGGAGGAGCCGCCUGGUUUCAAGGACUGUGCAGAGAUCCUGCAAUCUGGAGUGACAGAGAGUGGAAUAUAUGACAUACGCCUCCCCAACUCCACCCAGACUGUCAAGUGUGAUGCCUUUAAGGCCAGAACAUUGCCUUUAUUGGGCCAGAGGAUGAUCACAGCACAUUGCCAGUCUGCUCUGUUUUCUGAG